CUCAUUUUUCCUGUCUUCUACAACCAUUUCAUGAAUAUUUUACGUGCCAGAUUCAUAUUGAAACUACACCGCCGCACAAAAUUCGCAUCGUCCGAAAGCCAUCUCAUCAUGCUCCGCUAUCCCCCACAACACCUGCACAAUGCCUUCCUUCCAGGACCUGCCUUUCGACAUCCACUGCGAGGUAUCUAAACAUCUCGACUACCCCUCGGCCCUAGCCCUGAAGAAGUGUAACUGCUACUUCUACUGCCAUAUCGACCCGAACCGGCUUUCCCCCGGCCAAAAACAAGACUUCCUCUCAAAAGCAGAGCUCUUCACCCAAAAUAAGUCCCUCUACAUCUGCUACAGAUGCAGCCAUCUCCUCCCCAAGUCCUCCUUCGGCCACAAACAAAUCACCGGCCCUAGAUCCAAGAACGCCUCGCAUCCAACGCACGACCGCUUCUGCUGGAACUGCGCGGCCAAAUACCGGCUCUGCGAGCAUGCGCUGGCCUACCGCAAGGGGAAGAAAUUGUUCUACCUCUGCUGGAAGUGUCAGCGAUGGGGCCCUAAGUAUGAACGCUGUGGGAUCCCCAAUGAUCCGACGGAUAGAGAUUUCAGGAAUCCGGGGUGGAGAUGCUGUCCUGUCGAACCCUCGCCCACACUCCAGGGCCUACCGUCCAAUAUACGGCAAAUAAUGCUCGAGAUGUUAGGGUAUCGCGACUCCAUCGCACUAUCUCAAACGAGCCGCCUCUUUCACGCUGUUGUUGACCCCUCCCAGUGCGCUUUGCAUGAUAAAUUCCGCUUCGUGCGCGACAUGGUUUUGAGAAUUAAUCUCGGGAACCAAGAUCAGCAGCAGCAGCGCAGUGCCUACUACGCUUGCUUCUGCAUACUACCUGAUGUACGGUUCACGACACGGCAGUUAGACAUGGCAAGGGAGAAUCCCAGUCGCGGGUGGAAGAGAAGAUGUCGGAGUUGUGUGUGGAGGUUGUACGGUGAUUCAGAUAAUACGGGGCCGUUAAAGGAGUGGAGGGCCAGGAGAAUGUGUCGGGGUUGUAAGUUGAUGAUGCGGAAGGGAGAGAGGUGUUUGGGUUGCUGGGAGAAGGUGGGAGAGCAGAGGAGAUUGGAGGUGCAGGAGCAGAGGGAAUUGAUGGGGGACCUUGAGGAGUUGGGUGGUCUUGGGGAGGUGGGGGCCGGGGGUGAGCUACUGUUUGCGGCGGCGGGUCUUGAUCGGCUGGAGCUUUGAGCAGUAUCUGAGAUGUAUUGGGAUAUACUUAUAGCAUGCUUGUAAAGCCUAUAGGAGUAUCGUUAUUGGUCGUGCACGAUAAGGAUGGCCUGUGCAAACGUUCCUGGGGAAUCAAUCCUUGAUACCCGUGCCAUAUGACUCCACGUCGAAGGGGCGUUUAGACUUCAUCUCCUGUCAUUUUUUUUGCUGCAAAUAUUUAGG